UUUGAGAAGUUCGCAUGCGUAUGACGCUGCUCGAUCGAAAAGAUCUUCCGUGUACCCCAAAAACCGUGUGUAUCUGUUAGAAUCUCGAAUUCCGGUCUGCGCUUCGGUCCUUGCAACAACUAUCCGCGGACCAUCCAACACUGAGGAUUCAUCAGCAGCGAUCGGAUGCAUUCGAUAUAAUAGGCGCGUUCCGAACCAAGAAAUCUCUAUUCAAUUCGACCUUACCGUCGGGAUUAGAUACAGAUACUUUCUGCAUCUUAAGCGCCAUACAUUUGCACCAGCCUCUUUCCGACUUACCUAAUCGCGCCCAAGCCCAUGGAGAAUGUUGUGAACGUAGCCUUGAUUUCGCGCACCGAACUUCGAUAUUUCGCUCACUAGCUCGCCGGUAACAUGGUCAGUGAACGAAACCCCACAAGUGUCCGCUCUAGCACCUUUGCUGUUUUCGGUGACAUAAUGUGACAACAAAAUGUUGGAUAAAGCACGAUCGAAUGAGAAAAAUACAAGUGAAUGAAAGUGACGUCAUAAUGCAAUGCAAUUCAAUUGCACUCAAGAUUUAUCUAAGAAAAGUGUAUUUAAGUGAAACCGCGAAGCGAAACAGAUACGCGCGAAGCAUGUUUCGGCAACAAUUCCCCACGAUGGCUGUUCUCGGUGUACUCGUCUACUGUACACUCCUCCCGGUUCUGGGGGCAUCACUUAGCAAAACGGUCCUGUAUCAGGCGCCGGACGAAUGUCGGUGGACUGGGUUCACCGAAAAUGACAUAGUUUUAGUCUGCCAUUUAAGGACAAUCAAUAGCGAACUGGAGAAUACAAACUUUAGUGUGAUACAGCCGCAAAACACGGUGCGUCUGAAGCUAGAAUGCAACGACGCGCUCUUCUUCCAGAGCAGCCUGAGCCCGGGCAGCUUCAAGGCUCUGGUCGAGCUACGUUCCUUAACUAUAGAGUACUGUAAGCUAGGCAAUUUGACUGAAGGAUCGUUCAGCGGUCUGCAGGAUCUACGAAAUUUAACAAUUAGGACCCACAAUGGAGACUGGUCCGCUAUGAGCUUGGAUAUCUCGCCCAACGUUUUCAGCGACUUUCGUCAGCUGGACUUGCUAGACAUGAGUCAGAACAACAUGUGGUCGAUCCCUGAUGGCAUGAUUUGCCCACUCAAGGAUAUGACUUUCCUGAACAUGUCAUCCAAUCGCAUCCAGGACAUUGGCAACUUCCACUUCAGCGCAUCUCUAAGCACCCGCAAGUCAAGGAUAUGCGGCACUAGUCUGCAGACGGUAGAUUUGUGCGAUAACAAAAUCACCAACUUGCCGUCGGCAAUCUUCUCCGCAUUGGGACGCCUUAAAAAUCUAUAUCUACGCCGGAACGAGAUGAAUUUUAUAGCCGAUCGGGCUUUUGAAGGGCUUGUGUCCUUGACGAUAGUCGACUUGUCGGAGAACAAACUUAGCAAUCUCCCGCCUGAGCUAUUUUCUGAAGCGAAAUACGUGAAAGAGAUUUAUCUUCGUAACAACACAAUCAACGUCCUUGCGCCCGGUCUCUUCUCCGAUCUCGCCGAACUACUCGUCCUCGAUUUGGGCCACAACGAACUAAGCUCACAAUGGGUAAAUGCCGCCACGUUCGUGGGCUUAAAACGGCUCAUCUUGCUCGAUUUAUCAAACAACAAGAUUAACAAGCUCGAAUCGCCAAUGUUCCGAAGCCUGCACACCUUACAAAUCCUCAAAUUGCAGGACAACUAUAUCGACGCCAUUCCCGAGAAUACGUUCGCGGAAUUAACGAAUCUCCAUACGUUAAUUCUGUCCAACAAUCGCCUAUCCACCAUCGAUUCGUAUACAUUGCGUGGACUCUACGGCAUUUUGAUAUUAUCCCUGGAUUACAACCGGAUUUCCAGGAUAGACGCGUUGGCACUUAAAAAUUGUUCAAGUCUGCAGGAUUUACAUUUGAAUGGGAAUGAGCUGACAUCAGUGCCGGACGUUCUGCACUAUGUCCCGCUCCUUAAAACCUUAGAUUUGGGCGAGAAUCACAUCACGACUAUUGAGAACGCCAGCUUCAGCUCAAUGGAAAAUCUAUUUGGAUUACGACUCACGGAAAAUGCGAUUGAAUUCGUGAAACGAGGCGUUUUUGAUAGAAUGCAAUCACUACAGAUCCUGAAUCUGUCCAGGAAUAAAAUCCAAUCGAUUGAGCCCGGAACGUUUCAUAAAAAUAGUCAACUGCAAGCAAUACGAUUGGACGGCAACUAUCUGAAGGCGAUUGAUGGAUUAUUCACGGAUUUACCUAAUUUAGUUUGGCUCAACAUCUCGGAUAAUCACUUCGAGAUGUUCGAUUACUCGCACAUACCGACGGGAUUGCAGUGGCUCGAUAUCCACGCGAAUCGGAUAGUGCAGCUCAGUAAUUACUUUGAAAUUGAAAACGAGUUGACUCUGACCCAUUUCGACGCCUCCUCGAAUCGAUUGACUGAGAUAACAGCAAGCGCUAUUCCGAAUAGCGUGGAAAUGCUGUACCUGAAUGAUAACUUGAUUUCCAAGGUGCAAUCGUACACUUUCUUCAAGAAACCGAAUUUGACGAGAGUGGAUCUUUUUGGCAACAAAAUUAGUUCCCUCGAUCCAAAUGCGCUGAGACUAUCGCCGGUUCCGGAGGAUAAGCCUUUGCCCGAGUUCUAUAUUGGAGGGAAUCCUUUCCAGUGCGAUUGCAAUUUGGAUUGGCUGCAGAAAACCAAUGUCGAGAGCCGAACACAGCCCAAAUUGAUGGACCUGUCCAGCAUCUACUGUAAACUACUCUACAACCGCGGUAAAACCUAUGUGCCGCUGAUAGAAGCCAAGUCUAAUGACUUUCUGUGCAAGUACGAGACCCACUGUUUCGCACUGUGUCACUGUUGCGAUUUCUACGCUUGUGACUGUAAAAUGGAAUGUCCUAGUGGCUGCACUUGUUACCACGACCAAUCUUGGACGGCAAACGUUGUUGAUUGCUCCCGAGCGGGGUACGACAGCCAAUUACCUGCCCACAUCCCCAUGGAUUCUACACAACUUUACCUCGACGGCAACCAUUUCGAAGAAAUCGGAAGUCAUGCCUUCAUCGGCCGAAAGAAGCUGAAGAUCCUUUUCCUCAAUCACUCGCGAAUUGAAAGGAUCCACAACCGGACCUUCUACGGUCUGAGGGAGCUCGAAGUGUUACAACUCAACCACAACAGCAUCCAACAGCUGAACGGAAACGAGUUUGAGGGCCUGGAGAAUCUUCGCGAGUUGUAUCUGCACUACAACAAGAUCAUCACGAUCGAUAAUUUCACGUUUGCGCAAUUGCAUCAUUUGAAAACGCUUAGACUCGAUCAUAAUGCCAUUGUGGAGUUUGCAGUUUGGAAUUUGCCGCCAUACCUGGUGGAUUUGCGUCUAGCGGCAAAUCCGUGGCUGUGUAGCUGCGAGUUUAUAGGGAAUUUCCGCGACUACAUAAAUCGACACGAUUUCGUUCUAGAUAAGACGAAAAUACGUUGUACGAUGCCAAUGGACAUUCGCAACGAUACGAUCAGUAAUCGUAACGAGGUACCUACAACUGCAGUUGGUGCGGUACAGCCGCAACAAAAAGUCACAGCAUCCGGAAUGCCAGCGACAAACAGUGGCGGCAGCGAUAGUGGAUACCUCAUCUACCUCAGCAACAUAUCGAUACCGUGCAUCGGUGCCGAGAAGCAGAUCGAUAAUAUCACCAACGGUAACCUAACGUCGCUGUCGUCGAAAAAAACGAUCCUAUCUCCGAAACCCAUGCAGGAGUACAUGCCCGUGCUGAUCGCGAUGCUCACCAGUUUCUUGCUUGUGAUCAUUCUCACCCUAUUAGUGUUCAUCUUCAGGCAGGAGAUGCGUGUUUGGUUCCAUUCGCGCUUCGGCAUUAGACUCUUCUAUAAGGGUCAAGACACCGAUAAGAAUGAGCGCGACAAACUCUUCGACGCGUUCAUCUCGUACAGCUCAAAAGAUGAGGCGUUUGUGGCCGAGGACCUUGCACCCAUGCUCGAAAACGGCGACCCACACUACAAGCUCUGCCUGCACUACCGCGACUUUCCAGUAGGUGCAUAUAUCGCCGAUACCAUCGUUCAGGCGAUCGAGUCAUCUCGGCGGACUAUCAUGGUUCUAUCGGAGAACUUCAUCAAAUCGGAAUGGUGCCGGUUUGAAUUCAAAUCAGCUCAUCAUCAGGUACUUCGUGAUCGCAAGCGUCGGCUAAUUGUUAUUCUGCUCGGCGAAGUACCGCAGAAAGAUCUUGAUCCCGACAUCCGACUGUAUCUCAAAACGAACACCUAUCUGCAGUGGGGCGAUAAAUUGUUUUGGGAGAAGCUGCGAUUUGCCCUGCCCGACGUGCCUAACAACCAACGUCGAAUGGUGACGAAUUGCAAUUUCGCCGCGCACAACAACUUCAGACACAACAUGCACAGCACGGGGAACAGCAAUCGACAGAGUAACCGAAAUCACAACCAAACCAGCAACCAAAUGGUUCUGACGCCGCAGCAACAACAAGUUGCGUCCCAGCCGCCGAUGCAGCACGGAAGAAAUUCCUCGAAUUCAUCGUCUCCUAGAACUGUUGCCAUUCAUAUCUAAACUUCGAUCUAUCUCCAGAGAGUAUCUCUAUUGAUAACCACGCAGGGUAUCUAUCGAUAACUUUGUACACUAACGACCAUCCAUCUUCCAAAUGCACAUUAUUCAUCUUAACUCGGAUUUCUAUUCCAUUUCGACUUUGGAAUGAUGGCGAAAGAAAACCUGAAUUAUUCAAACGGGGACCAGGCCAGAGCUAGAAAUGACGGAGGAAUACGAGUAUGCAAAUCGACGGACUUGGACCCUUUACGCCGUGACACAGGCAACAGCUAGUGAAAUGGAUGAAGAACAGGUCUCCAAGUGCUAGCUUCUACAAAUUAUCACAUUAGUCUGAUCGACAAUCUGCACCACACCAAAACGAGUACAUCGUCAUCCUGCUUUUCCUCGCCUGCAUGCUCUUUGCCAGGCCAAUCACUUUCACUCGUUUAUCAACAGAACCCAUCUGUCUGUCUGUUUGCAACUGAAGUUGUUUGCUGCAGCGCAGCAUCCAUGCAGCCGUGGGUUGUCUGGAGCACGGGUUCUAUGACGACUCACAUCAGAUCCGAGGAGCUGAGUUGCAGCGUGAAAAUCUAGACUGCUGAUUGGAGUGAGAUUGCGAAUUAAAUGCUUCCUGAAACGCAUCCAACUACCGGGAAGCCCAACAAAGGAUUUUGAACACCAACCAAACAGCAACCCCCAGUAAUUGGACGACAAGAUCAUUUCCAGUAGCCUUCAACAAGGUGAGAUGUGCACUGUCCUAGAUAGAUACUACACUACCUAUACAUUCCUAAAUCCUACUAACCAUUCUCGCAGUAGAGAUAAGUUCAGAACAAAAGUUCGAAACUAGGCGAGGAGGAAAGACAUUAAGCGAAUACACAAAAAAUACUUUUAGUUGUUUAGUGGAGCGAGAAGUAUUUAAAAAUUGAAUAAAAUAAUAAUCGUCGUGUAAACUCUAAUCAACAAUGUGAUAUUUAUUAUUUAGACUUUAGCCCGAUAGACUUUACUCUAUGACACGUUGAUUAAGAUAGACCUUAAGUAUCUAUUUAACUGUAUAUUUUGUAAAUAAAAGAUACAUAUGUUAAAAUCUAAGAAAAAAAAACUGAGAAAUUGUGAGAGACAUUCGUUGUAAAUUUUGUACUUAAAAAAGUCAAAUGUUUUGUAAUUGUCGCAAGAAGUGGAUGCUUUUGUACUUUGAGACUUGAGACGACCAACAAUAAAUUAAUUACUGUGAAUUGGUGUUUUGUUAGCAAAAGUCAUUCAUCCUGAUGGAGAGCAUAUUUAACCAAGUGUUGAGCUCGGCAUUCUUCAGAUGCCUUAUCUCCACGAGAUUGACACUACGAUCUGUGAAGCAUGAAACCUUUCCGUGGAAACUUACUCACUUUUAUCGUGUCCUAUUUGAACUUUGAUUCACUUCUUCCCCCUCCCAUGUAAUAGGAGUCCGGAUAAUCAUAAAAGGCAACAUAAACGUUCUGUGCUUAUGAAACAUAACCGCAGCAACCUCACCCCAUCGCGAACAGAGCAUCCGACAAAUUAAUGUCCCGAGAAUUAUUACUACAAGUUCAAAUCUCAGUAAUAAAGUCACAAAAUUCAUUGCGCAUUGUUGGUUAUUUGAUGCAUCACACACAUCAUAUCACGUCUAAUAACAUGGUCCUACGACCUAGGCCGGGCGACAUUAUAUCAUAUUCUUGUUAAUCUAAUCAAGAUACACACAAUUAGUGUGGUAAGAGAUACGCAUGCAUCACAUCAUCUCCGCAGAUGAGUAAAAAACGGGGCAUAAAAGCAAACCCACGGCCAUUUACAUAUGUACAAACAUCCAGAACAUCCUAGCCUACACCAGUAUGAAUGACUUUCUAAGCGAAACCUACAAAACCAGAAGAUUGCUCUUUAAUAGUCACACAGUCACAAACUUAACGAGAUUUCUUUCUGAGAAAAACGGCAAGAACCACACCACAUUCUGUCCCCGGAUGGUGGAUUCGAUAGCCAUAAGAAAAAUAACCCAAACAGCAAAAUAAUUAAAAUGCAGAAGAAAAAUAAAGUUAGUAAUGUAAGCAACACUCAAACGACAACGACUGAUGGUUAAGUUAUUAUGUUACAGCUUUUGGCACUUUCCGCCGUUCUCCUCGGGGUUUCUCAGCCGAGGAGGAAGCAACGGAAACAAGCUGAAAAAUUGCUAAAAAAUAGAGAUCAUGUGACAUCAGAUCAGAGAGAGGUAUUAACACACUUUGUAAAUAGAACUGUCUAAUUUAAGUCAAGAACUAGAUUAGGAAACCUUAAAGGACGAUAAUGCCGUCUAUUAAAGAAAAAAAUCAAGAAAUACAGAUGAAAUCUUAAAAAAA